UUUCCCUCCAACCCCCCGCCCCUCCCUCUGCUCCAGCUCGCGGCUCGGGAGCCCAGUAGCUGUGAGUGUGGGUGGGUCCCGGUGGGGUGGCCCAGGCCGGCCACGCGUUUUGCGGCGGCCGCCCAGACUUUGCGGGGCCGGGGUAGCGAGGCGGCAGGCCCGGCGCUCACCCUGGCCCCCGGGAAGCUGGAGAAGCCGUGACUCGGAGACAGACGGAGACUGACGCUGCGGCCGCCGGAAAGCUGGCCUGCUUCACAUUAUCUGAUGUUAGUGAAACCUGGCCCAAGAAGCAGAAUUCCUUUAUUGCCUUGCACAUGUAUAAGGAUGCCUUAGAAAAAGAACGAUGGAUAAAUACUGUAAACUUCAAAAGAUUGGGGAAGGAUCCUUUGGAAAAGCCAUUCUUGUUAAAUCUAAGGAAGAUUGUAAACAAUAUGUUAUCAAGGAAAUUAACAUCUCAAGGAUGUCCAAUAAAGAAAGAAAAGAAUCAAGGAAAGAAGUUGAAGUGUUGGCAAAUAUGAAGCAUCCAAAUAUUGUCCUAUAUAGGGAAUCAUUUGAAGAAAGUGGCUCUCUCUAUAUAGUAAUGGAUUAUUGUGAAGGAGGCGAUCUAUAUAAACGAAUAAAUGCCCAGAAAGGUGUGUUGUUUCCAGAAGAUCAGAUCAUGGACUGGUUUGUGCAGAUUUGUUUAGCGCUGAAACAUGUGCAUGAUAGAAAAAUUCUUCAUCGAGAUAUAAAGUCACAGAACAUUUUUUUAACCAAAGAUGGUACGGUACAACUGGGGGACUUUGGAAUUGCUAGAGUUCUUAAUAGUACCCUUGAACUAGCUCGGACUUGCAUAGGAACACCAUACUAUUUGUCACCUGAAAUCUGUGAAAACAAACCUUAUAAUAAUAAAAGUGACAUUUGGGCUUUAGGUUGUGUCUUAUAUGAGAUGUGUACACUUAAACAUGCAUUUGAAGCUGGCAAUAUGAAAAACCUGGUACUGAAGAUCAUCUCUGGAUCUUUUCCUCCUGUUUCCUUGCAUUAUUCCUAUGAUCUCCGUAGUUUACUUUCUCAUUUAUUUAAAAGGAAUCCUAAGGAGAGACCAUCGGUUAACUCCAUAUUGGAGAGAAGUUUUAUAGCCAAACGUAUCGAAAAGUUUCUUACACCUGAGCUUAUUGCUGAAGAAUUUAGUUCCAGAGCAUUUCACAAAUUUGGAGCUCAUCAUCUACCAGCCAAAAGAGCUGCUCAGGGACAGAUCGUUGCAUCUCCUAUUCCUGCACAGAAAAUUACAAAGCCUGCUGCUAAAUAUGGAGUGCCUUUAACGUAUAAGAAAGCAAUUGAAAUGCCUAAAAAAUUCCAUGAUAAGAAGCCACCUUCAAGAUGCAAACAGGCCCAACAAACUCCAAGGAAGAAAAUGAAUCCUGGAGAAGAAAGGAGGAAAAUGUUUGAGGAGUUAGCAUGGAGGAGAAAGUUAGAAUAUCAGGAAAAAGAAAAAAAAACCCACAAAAGGAACAGUAGUUUUUUGAAACAAGAACGUAUGAAAAAACAAGAUAAGGAAAGGAUGGACCGAAUAAAUAGGGCCAGGGAACAAGGAUGGAUAAGUUGUGGUGGAAGUGGUGAAGUUAAGGCUUCCUAUAUUGGUGGUAGAAGGGCCCUGGCACCAGGUCCUUUUCCUUCCCGAGGACCACACGAACAUCAUUACCAUGCUAUUUUUGAUCAAAUGCAGCAGCAAAGAGCCGAAGACAGAGAGUCCAGGUGGAGAGGAGAAAUGAAUCGCCAUUGCCUUCCUGAAAGAGGUGUUCCCCCUGGAAUACGUCCAGGAUUUCCUAAUGGGCCUGCAGGUCAUCACCAUUCUUCUGAUGCUGACACAGUUAGGAAAAGAUUGAAGGCCGGGUCUAAACAAGCCAACUCAAACAGGCAAAGAGGACAGCUUUCUUCAGAAAGAGCAAAACAAGUAGAGGAAUUCCUGCAGCGGAAACAUGAAGCUAUGCAAAAUAAAGCUCGAGCUGAAGGACACCUGGGUACCCUGCAAAACCUGACAGCUAUGUCUGGAGGGAGGCCCAGUUCUUCAAGAGGAGGGAAACCAAGAAACAAGGAGGAAGAGGAGUACUUGGCAAGAUUAAGGCAAAUAAGACUUCAAAACUUCAAUGAACGUCAACAAAUUAAAGCCAAACUUCGUGGUGAAAAAAAUGAUCCUGAUGAAUUCAAAGGGCAAGAAGAGGAUGAAGAAAUAGAAAUUAGACGCAAAAAAAUAGAAACACUAAAGGCUCAGGUAAAUGCUCGAGCUGCUGUAUUGAAAGAACAACUAGAGCGAAAGAGAAAGGAAGCAUAUGAGAGAGAAAAGCGAGCUUGGGAAGAACAUUUAGAAGCUAAAGGCAUAAAAAUGAUUAAUGUGCCUUCCAGUGAGAGAGCAGCACCUGGUCAUUCCCAGGAACAGCAUGAAUCAAGUAGCCCUUCUUCCCAGUUACAGGUGAAGAAUAAUAUGCCAGUUAUCUCUAUUACAUCAGCUUUGAAAGAAGUGGGUGUGGUUGGAAGUUUAAUUGACAUUCACGAAACUUCUGAAGAAAUUAAAGCAACUGAUAAUGCUCUUUCAAAUAAACGAGAGAUACUGCGUAGACUAAAUCAAAAUCUCAAGGCUCACAAAGAGGAAGAAGAAAAGAUACAAACCCCUGAAAUUUGUAAAAUAACUAUGAAUGAAGAUAUUAAGGAUCAUCAGGAAGAAAAAUCUGUAUCAUCAGAGCGUAAGAAAUGGGAGACAGGAAGUCAACUGGAAAUUCCUCUAGCCAAGUUAAACAUGGAAGAGACCUUUCCUACAGAACUUACACUGGGACAUGUUAUUAAAUUAGAUAUUGAAGGGUCUCCAAGAAGAACCUGGGGGAAAAGCUCAACAGAUUCUGUGCUUAAGAUUCUUGGAGAAGCUGAACUCCAACUUCAGACACAAUGUUUGGAUGAGAUAAUGCUUAAAAAUGAAUCUUCUGAAGAAAAAAAUUACAAAACCUUAGUUACGGAUGAAAAAGAAGCACAAUUUGUUCCUGUUGAUGUAGAUCCUUCACCUGUAAUUGAUAAAGAUGAUAAUAAAGGUUCUGAAGAGCCAAAACUUAAGGAAGCAGAUGAAUUUUCACAGGUGGCAUUAGAACCAGUUGUGAUGGAAGAAAAAUUGGAUGAACCUGAUGAUUUGGAAGCAGAAAUCUUAGAAGGAUCGAGUAAAGCUGACAAAAAUGUUGACUUGCCUUGCUCUAUUAAUGAGGUGUGGCUUAGAGACUCAAAGGAAACAGACUUGAAGAAUGAAACAAUGAUACAAAAUGAUCUUGAAGCAACUUAUGAAAAAAGAAAUCUGAGUGAAAUGGAAUCGCCUAAUAAAGUUCAGAUAGAACCUGCUAUAGAUGAUUCUGUGCAACCUGAGUCUACUCUGAAGAAGUCUCUACAGCCUGAACCAUUUUUUCACAAAGUUGCUCCUUUUGAAACCUUGAAAAAAGCUUUCUUUAUUUCAUCAAGUCAUCUUACACACCAACAGUCUUUUCGCUCCCGUUCUGAUUCACCUGCAAAAAGUCAAAACCAGAAUUCAUUGCUAAUUGGACUUUCUACUGGUCUGUUUGAUGCAAAUAAUCCAAAGAUGUUGAGAACAUGCUCCCUUCCAGAUCUCUCUAAGUUGUUCAGAACACUGAUUGAUGUUCCCACUGUGGUAGAUGUGUGUCAAGACAGUCUUGAAAUAGAGGAUACUGAAGAUGAACCCAUUAAAGAAGCAGCUUCUGAUUGUGAAGAGAUGAUAUUUGGGGAGGCAGACCCAGAUUUACAGGAGCUUCAGGCCUCUAUGGAACGCUUACUUCAAGAACCUAAUGAAGACUUUAGUGAACCUGGUGAACCACCUAACGAAGAAUCUAGUGAAGAAGAAGAAACCGUCGUAAAGUCCAUCACCGAAGGACAAAUAACAAAUGGCACAGAACUUGCUGAUGAGGAUGAUAACAUAAGCAGCGAAAGUGCUCUUAAUGAAGAGUGGCAUUCAGAUUACAGUGAUGGAGAUAUUGCCAGUGAAUGUGGGGAAUGUGAUAGUGUCUUUAACCAUUUAGAGGAACUGAGACUUGAUCUGGAGCAGGAAAUAGGCUUUGAUAAAUUCAUUGAAGUUUACGAUAAAAUAAAGGCAAUACAUGAAGAUGAAGAUGAGAAUAUUGAAAUAUGUUCAACAAUAGUUCAGAAUAUUCUGGGAAAUGAACAUAAGCACCUCUAUCCUAAGAUCCUUCAUCUAGUCAUGGCAGAUGGAGCCUAUCAGGAAGAUAAUGAUGAAUAAACCUGACUCAGGAUUUUCUUUUGCCUAUUGAUAUGGGAAAUCAUUGGGAUUCUGCCCAGCAGAGUAACAAGAUUCAAUCAAAGACUCUAUAGAAUAAGAACAUCACUACUAAGAUGGGCAUGCUAAUUGCAUGAAGGAGCCAAGAAAACAUGCCAUUUUAAAAUUAAAAUAUUUGUGCUUUGUGUAUUUUCUUUGUUCCUUUAGUUUAAACUUAGUUUUUGUUCAGUGUGUGUGUGUGUGUGUGUGUAUCUGUGCGUGUACAGAGACACAUACACAUUUCAUGUCAAACCAUUCAAAGCUUAACAGGGAGCCUGGGCCAGGAGUGGACUUAAAAUUUUUUGAAGAAUAUUUAUCAUGAAAUAGAUGGCAUUAACUCCUGUGGUAUGGCUGAAAAAGAAUGAUCCAUAUUGUAAAAAACUUGCCUGUCACAUUACAUUCAAGUACUUAUACAUUUUUUUUUCCUCAACAAAUGCUAAAAGGCGGUUUUUGGUGUUUGUUGGGUUUUUAAUGAGCUAAAUAAACUAAAUUAAAUAAUCUUGUUAGGAUCCCUUUUUGAAUACGUAACAUUUUUGAGAAUGCAGUUUGUCGCUUAAUCUAUAUUGUAACCAAAAAAUAUAUCUUUUCUCAACAGUUUCACCCAAGCCAACUUAAUAGAUAUAAAUUGAGGCGCUGUUUUAGAGAUCAUUGAAAGGUUUGAUUUCAAAGGAUAGAUGGAAAAUUUUAUUCCUUGAUGUUCAAAAAAUACAACAGUUUCUUCCAGUUAUUUUUUAUAGAAUCCACAGAAGUACUUGGAAAUUUGCCUGUUUUUGUAACAAUGACCCAACAUAUACCUUAAAAGCAGCAUCCCUCUCCUUUUCAUCUCUCAUACACAGUUGCUGGAAGGACGAUUAAUAAGAAGAAACAAUGUCUCCAAUCCCCAUUUUUACUUCUAUAUAAUCAUUUCUUGCAAUCAGCAUCUCAGUGGGAAAAAAAGAUCAUUUGAUAGUUUCCUCUCUUGCUUUUCAUUACAAGAGGAUUCAGGUUUCACAAAGUCAAGUUGUUUUUUUCUUUGAGAUGAUGGCCACACAGCACAAUCUCUACCUGCAAUAGGGCUAAGAAUUAGAUAGCAAAUAUCUGACAUCCAGAUAGAUGAUGUUUAAUCUUUGAGCAAAGGCAGCCUGAUUGGCAAAAAAAAAAAAAAAAAAGUCUGAGUUUAAAAAUACAGUCUUGACAGCAGCACUGUGUUGAAGUUAUUAUGUAUGUUAUUUUUAACAUUCAAAAAUAAAUACUUGAUUUUUGUAUAUUUGUUUACUUUUGUGAAGUUACUAUUAAAUUUUUUCUUACCUACCUGAA